AGGGGAUGGGCGGGGAUGGGAGGGGAGGAGCGGGCACCCCUCCACACUAGCUCCGCCCCCAGCGGCACUGCAGGGGCACCGGGCUGGGGGGCGCCCCGCGGCAAAGCCGGGCUGCAGCGUCGAGCUCGCCGUGCUGCCGGCGAUCCCAAUCGUGCUCGUGGAGACGUCCGUUCCUGUCGAGCCAUGGCAGCGGCAGCCCACCGGCCUUGGUGCCUUCAGUUGAGGCUGCUGCUGCUGCUGCUACUGCUACUUUUGCUUCGGGCUGAUCCGGUGCGGCCCGACAGUAAGGUGUUCAGCAACCUGGACCAGGUACGGAUGACCUCAGAGGGCUCCGACUGCCGCUGCAAAUGCCUUCUGAGACCACUGAGCAAGGAUGCCUGCAACCGGGUACGAAGUGGGCGUGGACGAGCAGAGGACUUCUACACUGUGGAGACCCUGAGUUCAGGGACCGACUGUCGCUGCUCCUGCACUGCUCCUCCUUCCUCACUCAACCCCUGUGAGAAUGAGUGGAAGAUGGAAAAGCUCAAGAAGCAGGCACCUGAGCUCCUCAAGCUGCAGUCUAUGGUGGAUCUCCUGGAGGGUGCCCUGUACAGCAUGGAUCUGAUGAAAGUACACGCCUACAUCCACAAGGUGGCCUCCCAGAUGAACACGCUGGAGGAGAGCAUUAAGGCCAACCUGAGCCAGGAGAACGAGGUGGUGAAAGACAGCAUACGCCACCUCAGCGAGCAGCUGAAGAGCUACGAGAACCAGUCAGCCAUCAUGCUGAGCAUUAAGAAGGACCUGUCCAGCCUGGGCCUCCAGCUGCUGCAGAGGGAUGCGGCUGCCGUCCCUUCCACAGCCUCAGCCUCAAGCUCUGACAGCAAAGCUCAGGACACAGCUGGAGGGCAAGACAAAGACCUCAACAAAUAUGGCAGCAUACAAAAGAGCUUCUCAGACAAGGGCCUUGCAAAGCCUCCCAAGGAGAAGCAGCUGAAGGUGGAGAAGCUGAGGAAGGAGAGCAUCAAGGGCAGAUUACCCCACCCCACAGCCAGGCCACGUGCCCUGGCCCAGCAGCAGGCUAUGAUCCGAGGCUUCACCUACUACAAGGCGGGCAGGCAGGAGGCCAAACAAGAAGAACCGAAGGCCACGGCUGAUAACACCCUCAAGAGCACUUCCUGGCUGGAGAAAGUACCACUCAAGAUGGAGGCCAAGCUUCUAGAACCAAACUCUGCCAAACAUAAUGGAAUCAUGCUGAAAACUUCAGAAGGACCCAGCUUGGCCCCUCACAUCUCUACUUCCACCCCAAGUCCUGCCACCACUCCCUGGCACACUGAGCCAUCUUUGCAUCCAGAAGUCCCAAGCCAUGGUAAGGAGGACAGCUGUGAGGGCACCCUCCGAGCUGUGGACCCCCCUGUGAAGCACCACAGUUAUGGGCGCCAUGAAGGGGCUUGGAUGAAGGACCCUGCGGCUCUAGAUGACAGGAUCUAUGUCACCAACUACUACUAUGGAAACAGCCUGGUGGAAUUUCGGAACCUGGAAAAUUUCAAACAAGGGCGGUGGAGUAACAUGUACAAGCUACCUUACAACUGGAUAGGCACAGGCCAUGUGGUCUACCAGGGUGCCUUCUACUACAACCGUGCAUUCACCAAGAACAUCAUCAAAUAUGACCUGCGCCAGCGCUUUGUGGCUUCCUGGGCAAUGCUGCCUGACGUGGUCUACGAGGACCACACACCCUGGAAGUGGCGUGGCCACUCAGACAUUGAUUUUGCUGUAGACGAGAGUGGUCUCUGGGUCAUCUACCCAGCUGUGGAUGAGCGAGAUGAAACCCAGCAUGAGGUGAUCGUGUUGAGCCGCCUAGACCCCCGAGACCUCUCUGUGCACCAAGAGACCACGUGGAAGACACGGCUGAGGAGGAACUCCUAUGGGAACUGCUUCCUGGUGUGUGGUAUCCUGUACGCUGUGGAUACUUACAACCAGCACGAAGGCCAGGUGGCCUACGCCUUCGACACCCACACAGGCACUGAUGCUCACCCACAGUUGCCCUUCCUCAAUGAGUAUUCCUAUACCACUCAAGUUGACUACAACCCCAAGGAGAGGGUGCUGUACGCCUGGGACAAUGGCCACCAGCUCACCUACACCCUCCACUUUGUGAUCUGAAUGGGCACCUAUGUUCACAGUGGAGGGCAGCAGAGGAGUGGGGGCUGUCCCUAGCAACUCCUGCAACUGCUGUCAGUAUCAGCUGGGGGUGUCCCAGGCAGGUGUUAGCAGGUGACACCUGCUUCCCCUGCAGAAUGUUGUGCUGAGGGCUUUUCCUACAUUUACCCUAUUGACCCUUUCCACUGCUUCCCCUGCAGGCAGAGGUCCUUAAGCCCUCUGAACAGAGGAGGUGACUGAAGCCCCACGGAGCAACAUCUCAGUCACAGUAGGGCUGUGUUCUCACGAUAGCCACAUUUUAUAGAUGAGAUGACCUCGUCUAGCUCUUCCCAUCUCCAGGACCCUUCCCACUGAGGUCUCUGUGUCCUCUGUGCUGGGCUCUGCAGCUCCAGGCCCCACUUCUGGCUGAUGCUAGCGACCUUGAGCCCAGAGCCUCUUGACCUGUCAAGCACUGCCUCCCUCCAUAGCUACUUCUUGUCUUCCUGCUCCUUGCACGUUCUCAGCAGCUGAGAAAGAAUAGGCAACUCAGCUGUGGCAGGGUAGGGUGCUGGUCUGAGCUCCCCCCAUCUCAGCUCCUGUACCAGAAGUCUUGCUUAGCCUUGGCCACCCAAGAGGCCUUGGCUCCUUCCCUAUCUCUUCCCAAAGGUUUGGGCCUGGGGUUCUUUAUGGGCCUUCAAAGUUAGUCUGCUCACACUCAGGGAUUGCCAGGAGGUAGAAGCAGGGAAAAAUAGCCUGGAGCCUCAGCACUAGGAUUUUCUUUGAGAUAGUUCAUGGGGUUCUGGACUUAUAGUUGUAUAAGCUAUCCUACAAGGGGAUUGGCAGCUGCCCUGACACAGGCAGACCUGAGAACAUGACCUUUUAAGCCACCUGUGACUGCUUUGGACAUUCUUUUUAAAGAUGUAGAGAAACUUUUUUGCCCAUCUCCUUGUUUUACCAAAGAAAAUAUAGUUCCCAACAGUUCUAGGGUAUGGGGUGAAAUCAUUCAGGGCAGGAUAUGGCUGAUCUCCUUUGGGACAGCCCUGUACUCUCCUACAGAUCCUCAGCACCUUUGAAGGUGUCUACCAACGACCCCUACCCAGACCCUGGGCCCUUCCUUGUGCCCUGUGCCCACUCCUAAGAUAUCUGCAGUGGGUACCAGCUGGUAGGCAGAUUUAGGUUGUCUGUAGACUUCAUUUCUUGCAGACAUUGCUGGGUGAUGUUUUGCUUAAGGAAUAACUCACCCUGAAAUAAGGGAGGGAGAGUGACGCCCAGCCCAGCCAGGUCUGACUCAUAGUGGUAGCCACACCCAGCUGACCACCACAGGCUCCCCUUCCAGCCUCUUCAGAGAACUUGGAACCCCCAGUUCCCACCCUCCCCCCAAAGCCUGUGUACACCCUGACCUUUCCCUUGGCCCUGGGUGUGGGUUUGUGAUGUCAUAGCCCAGCCAUGUGUGAGGUGCUGAGGCAGCUGCAGCAGUCUGAGGAAAGGGACACUGGGACACAUUGGUUUGAAGAGUAAACACACAUGGCAUAGUUUCCAGGGGCGGGACAAGGGGCUGCCAUAGUGACCAGUCAUUCUUUAGGUCCCUUCUGUUUUCAGUCCUUUGUGUGCUGUGUGGUUAACACAGUUCAUUUCCUCAUUUAUAGAGUCACACUGGAUGCCAGGUGAGUCACUUGUCACAUAGGCUGGCGAUGGAAGGUAACCUGUUACCGUUAUCUGAGAAUCAUCGGUGUCCUCAACAGACAGAGCCCACAGGCAUGUGAAGACAAGGACAUGGAGGAAUUUGCCUAUGAUCACACAGCAGUGUAGUCUGGCAGAGCGAGGGGUUCAGGGCUCCUCAGAGCAUGCUUUUUGCCAUCUUCACGCUAUGUUGCAGCAAGCUCCAGAAGGGCUGUUAGUUGCAGCCAUUCAAGAUGGCCAUGGAAAAAGCCAGCUUAUACAGAGCUUUGGGUGCCUAGCCAAGUCUAGAACAAAAUGGUAUAAACUAACAGAGCCAAGAAAAUUCUGACACAGAUUCUGACUGGAUUUUGUCCUGUUGGUGAUGAAAAGCAGGGAAGGAGUUUUGAGUCUGCCAGUUUGUGAGCUCUAAAGGAAAUGCGGCUCCCACUACCACACACACAAAGUCACACCUUCACACACACACCACAUGCACAGACACAUACCUUGGUGUAUUAUGUUGGGCAGUGGGUACUUCCUAGGAGGCAAGGCCUGGGCUGUAUAGAACUGCCCACUGACCUUUUUACAAGGGCAAACCAUCUAGUGUCUGAACAACUCUAGAGGUAGAGGAACUUUGGCUUCCAUCACUAAUUCCUCUCCAGAGAUUGCCAGGCCUUGAAGGGUGUUGGGGGUGCUAGGCAAGUGCUGGAUCACUGAGCCACUCCAGCCCCUCAGUCUUUGAAUCCCACUCUGGGGGAUGGGAGGGGGGGACAACCUCCACCUUGGGGCAGCACGAAAGGCAGGAACAGCUGUGGGGUCCUGUAGGGAACUAUUCUCCCUACUGCAUCAGAGAACCUUUGUGGUGCGAUGCAGGGCACUGUGUGUCAGGUACAGGGAAUGGGGAGCCUGCCUCUUCCAUGCUGCUCUUCCCUAAGCCUGGGCAGGGGUAUUCCUGAGACAACUGGGACCAAGACUUAGUGAGGACAACGGACUUCAGGAGCCUUCCCAGCACCCCCAGUAUUGGGAGUCCCCUCGACCUAUGGUCUCACCAAUCCACCCUGGAACUCCCAAGAUUUCUCUCAUGGGUUAUGAGCCACAGUUCUGAGAAGUUGAGCAGUGUCCUCAGGGCCAGGCAUCUAGCAUGUAGAAGUGAGAUCCAAACUAGGUCUCUUUAAACCAAAGCCCCUAACUAAUAGUUGUAAGUAGUCAUGGUUUUUUUUCCCCUUUGGUUUGGGCCAAUAGGAAGCUCAAAGACAAGUUUGUGAUCAUUUUAAACAUUUAACCAGCUUCAUUCUAGCCUUUUGUAUGUACCUUUACCCUGAUUUAUUUUUAUUCUACUGUAUUUAAUCUAUCUUAUUAAGGUGCACCAAGAUUUUUUUGCAACUGUGGCAUAUACAUAAAUAAAACUCAAGAAUACAGCUGAA